AUGUGCGUACGCCGCAGUUUUUAGUUGACUUUGGGUAAAUCUCAUCAUCAUCGAAGCUUCAAAUCAAUCAGCGCGUAGUCAGUUAGGUGGAAUUAGCGUGAGUGCGUGUUGUCAGUGUUGUAAAACGCGCCGUGGAAAAACAGCAAGCAUUUGCCAAAAUAGUCAAACUGAAUGAAUUUCAACUUUAGUGUUCACUUUACACUUCCAACGAGCAAAGCAGCGACGAGCAGCAAAAAGUUGAACAAAUUUUGUGAAAUUUCCCAAAGCAAAUUCCCAGCCAAAAUGCAAACCACCUAUGAAGCUGUGCCUCAAGAGCAAAGCGACAACAACAAUGCCGCUGGCGUAGCUUGGACAGCAGCAGGCGCUGCUGGUGGAGCUGAGCCGCCAACGCAGCCAAAGCGAGCACCAAAGCCGGCGCAGAAGAAUCGACGACGCCAGCAGCAGCAGCAGCAGCAGCAGAAAGCGUCAAUGAUGGCGCCCAUGCCUGGUCUGGCCAAUCAGUGGGUGCCGCUGAGCAACUCGGUGCAUGAGCAGGGCACCAGCAUUGAAAUGAUGUACGCGGGCUUUGAGCUGCCGCAGCAGGAGGAGGGCGGCAUGGCCGCCAUACCGGGCGUCACCCACAUGACCAUGCAGCUGCCGCCCAAUGUGCUGCCCACGGUGCGCAACAGCACGCCGGACAUGCCAUCGGUGCUGCAUGCCAUGGACUAUUUUCGGCAUCAGCAGCACAUGCAGCAGCUGCCGGGGAUUGGCAGCAGCCGUGUGCAGCUGCUGCAAAACGAUCCCAGCCAGCAGAGCUGCAAUUCGGAGGCGCAGGUAAUGCCGCUGGGCUGCGUGCCGGCCAUACCGCUGGAGCGGCAUGCCAUGAGUUUGGCUUUUCAAAGCUACAGCCUGAUGCAGCUGGAGCCGGAUCCGAGUCGUGCGCCGCAGCUGCCUGGGCAGUGCAUCUACAAUGCCAACAUUUCGCCCUUGUAUGCGCUCACCCAGGAGCAGCAGCUGAAACUGCAGGCGGCUCUCAUACAGAAGCCGCUCUCGCUGGACGCCGCUCUGCUGCCCAUUGCCGAGGAGCUGCAUGCGGAGCAUGAGCAACUGCGCAGCGCUGGGCUGCAGUUGCUGCCGCAGGCUGAGCCGCUGCCCUAUGGCAGCAUUAGCUUCCAUGAGGGCGAGCAGCCUGCAACUGCCACCACCAAUGCUUGGGCUAGCCCGCCGCCCCCCACUUUGUCCACGCCCAUACCGCACAUGAGUCUCUUGCCGCUGCCCACCAGGCAGUGGAGGCAGAAGCGGCGCAAUGGGCUGGCCCAACAGUUCGAGAACACUAUCAACGUCAACGACACCAUCAUGAUGCUGGACGAGAGCGACAAUUAUCAGCCGAUGGUAUUCAUGGACUGGUGGAUCAACUUUCGCCAGAAUCGCAGCAACAAGCCAAAGAAGCCGCUGCUAUCGACGCCACCACAGCCACCGAACGAGCAGUCACCAACACCACCACCACCUCCACCACCACCCACAUCUGAUCCACAGCUGCCAAUCAAUGUGGCCCACAACUAAAGCAUCAACUUUGCUUUAGCUCUCUCAAUUAUAUAUGUGCGAUAAAUAUAUCUUUAUAUGU